UCUUAGUCAACAGACCAAGUCCGGGUAUAAAACGAGGAAAUCUCUGCCAAACUGUUGGCAGCACAGAGGACGGUGAAGGUUGGAAGAAUGCGUGGCAUCUUUGCUAGUUGUGCUCUUGCAGCGGUGCUGCUGGCCGUUACCUCGGCGCACCACGGUGACCACGGUGACCACGGUGACCACGGUGACCACGGUGACCACGGUGACCACGUUCACCCACACAGUGCUGGCCUGACGUGCCACAAGCUUGCCAACCCUCAUGCCAACUUUGGCUUUGCACUCUACAAAAACCUGAAGGCCAAAGCUGCAGCUAGAAAGAACAUCUUCUUCUCACCUCUGGGCAUCGCCACUGCCCUUUCCAUGUUGUCGACGGGAGCCCGCGGUCAAACGCACAAGCAGAUCUUCGCAUCAUUGGGCUACAGCGCUUACAACCAGGUUCAGAUCGACGACGCGUACCACCACCUCCUGCAGAUGCUCAACGAAAACAAGAAGAAUCAGCAGUUGGACGUCGGCAACGCCGUCGCGGUGCGGGCCGGUUUCAGUCCUAAGGAUAAGUUCCUCACGGAUGUCAGGCACUACUACGCCGGUAAGAGCUUCAACGUCGAUUUUACGAAACCUGAAGAGGCCGCGGCUGAGAUCAACAGAUACAUCGCCGGUAAAACACAGGACAAGAUUAAAGAUAUGGUGAAAGACCUGGAUCCAGAUUUGGCCAUGGUGCUGAUCAACUACGUCUACUUCAGAGGACAGUGGGAGAAGCCCUUCGACGGUAACCAGACGCACAAGGCCUUCUUCCAAGUGGAUGCAGACACUAAAGUUGAGGUGGACAUGAUGAGGAAGACCGGACGUUACGACUUCUACCAGGAUGUCAACCACACUACUGUGCUCAGGCUGCCCUACAAGGGCAAUACCUCUAUGCUGAUUGUCCUGCCCGACGAAGGCAAGAUGAAUGAAGUGGAGGCCGCCAUAAAUAAGGACAUCCUUUCAAACUGGCAUGACAAUUUGUUCAGAAAUUCUGUGAGUCUGCACCUCCCGAAAUUCUCCAUCUCCGCCGAUGCCUCGCUGGGUGAAACGCUCGCAGAGUUGGGAAUCAUCGACGCCUUCGGAGACAGAGCUAACUUCGCCGGCAUUUCUGGAGAGGUCAACCUGAAACUGUCAAAGGUGUCUCACCAGGCCGUCCUCAGUGUGGAUGAAACCGGAACGGAGGCAGCAGCUGCCACCACUCUGGAAAUCAUGCCGAUGAGUUUGCCGGAGACGCUGGAACUCAACAGACCUUUCCUGGUCUUCAUCCUGGAGCACUCUACGAGGAGCAUCCUCUUCAUGGGCAAGAUAAACGACCCCACCGCCAUGUGAAGGAGAAAAAGGGUCGGCGUGCCAAGAGAGACUGACGGUUGACAAAACUAAUUUUCUAUCAAGCAACAAGUGACAGAUUUCAUCCUAACUGAAAUUUGAACCUGGCAAGUUGAAGAAUGUCAACGUACAAAUAUAUAUUUAGAGUCCUAGAGCUAGAAGUGGAAAUAUCACAGGGAUCAUCUGGUAACGUGGUGUGUUUGCGAUGACGGUGUUUGAUCAUGAACGGAAAUAAAGGCUUGUCAAGAAGUC